UUUUCUUCUUCUCUCUCCAUUCGAGACAAACUCGUAGAGUCGUCACCAGCUAGUUGCAAUAUACUCCUGGGACCGUUACAGCGCAGUACCACCCCGCCAACUGGUACUCCGAGUGCAACCUCCCGGCCGACUGGCGCAUCACGACCACCGAGAACGGCUGGACUACCGAUGCGGUAGGCCUAGAUUGGAUCAAGCACUUCGACUUCCAUACGGCAUCUCGUACGAAAAAUAAAUACCGGUUGUUUAUCCUCGACGGCCACGAAAGCCACCACUCGACCGAAUUCGAGCUCUACUGCCAGCAGAAUAAUAUCAUCACGCUCUGCAUGCCUCCGCACUCUUCCCACAAGCUCCAUCCUCUCGAUGUCGGCUGCUUUGGGCCGCUGAAGCAGGCGUAUUGUCGCCAGAUCGAGGACUUGAUGCGUAUGCAUAUCACCCAUGUGAGCAAGCUCGAGUUCCUCUAUGCCUUCCGCGGGGCCCUCUUUGAUAGAGAAGAAUAUACGGGGUAG